AUGUCCAAACAAGCUGUUCAAAAUCGCAUCACUCACAUCCUGACCCACUGGCCUAAGGACUUGGUCCGCCCUGCCUCCGUCUCCGUUCAAUCAUACCUGCACGCCCGCCUAGCCGCAGAAGACCCUACAAAGCAACCGCAGCAGCCGCAACAGCAACAACAGCCGGCGCAAAACGUUCACAUAUCCGAGUCCUCCCUGAAAGCCCUGUCAUCGCUACUGGAGGAUCGCUACGCUAGACGGUAUCCGUUGACACCCAAACUGCGUCGCCCGGCGAGUAACCCAGACCAUUACGAUAAUGUUGUUCGGGAGUUUGAGGAGGCCCCUAACCGCGAUUGGUUCGGACGAUUGGGCAAGAGAGUCAAGGGUAUUUUCAGAAUGACAUAA